AUGUUCAGUGAGGAUCUGGAGAAGUGUACCGACUCUGCCAGUAAGAGCUACUGGACUGACAUGUUCUACUGGGAAUACCUGAAGUGUUAACUAUCAUCCCAGUGUCUGGGGAUUGAAGCCUUCUCAGGGGAUGAGGAGAGAUGUUUAGUGGUGGCCAACAUGAUGGUCAAGAAACUUCUGGCUGACGUCGAGCCCCAGCUGUCCUGCUCUGUGACACACUUCGAUCUGAAUCCAUCCAGUAAGGGACAGAAGGAGAGCAAAGUGAUUACUCCAAUUGAAUCGACACCAGCUCCAAAGACCAUUGAGGUAAGCAACACAACUUUUUUGAGUUCUCAAACUUUUAUAGAAAUGAUCACUAUUAGUAAAUUGGAUGUAAAAAUGGUAUUGUGUCUUUUCUGCUUUCAGUCUGUUGUGGGCGUGAUAACUCCUUGGUCAACUACCCUGCUGUUAACACCUGGGACUCCUGGGUCAACUACCCUGCUGACAACACCUGGGACUCCUGGGUCAACUCCACUGAGCACUACCUCUAUACACUGAGAAAUUAA